AUGACAUCCAACGUGGGUGCCUAUCUCGAGAGGUUCAUCCCCGCGAGGGCGAAAUAUGACCAGCUCGACGCGGAUGAGGACCCCGCCGUCGCCCAGGAGAACUGGCUGAAGAAGUACUACUUCGCCCGUGUAGCAUUCUCCGCGGUCUGGGUGGCUGCCGCGUUCGCGGCCGGCGACUCGUACUAUGUCGCCGCUGCAGUGUUGCUCGUGGUAUACCCGCUAUGGGACGCCGCCGCGUGUUUGGUCGACGCGCAGCACAGCGGUGGACUCGCCCAGAACCACAGCCAGGCCGUCAACUUCUUGGUCAGUCUUGCGACAACGGUCCUCGUGUUGGUCGCGGUAUUCUUCAGCAUGCACUGGGUUCUCGGCAUCUACGGUGCGUGGGCCAUUGGCUCGGGUCUCAUGCAACUCGGGGCUGCGGUGCGACGCUGGAAGACGGCCGGCGCUCAGUGGGCCCAGGCUCUCAGCGGUGGCCAGUCCUCCUUGGCUGGUGGUUUCUUCAUCUUCCAGGCCACCCAGCCAAUGGACCCAUCGAUCAAGGGCAUUGCCGGAUACGCGGCAUUCGGUGCAUUCUACUUCUUGGUUUCAGCGCUGUGGCUGACCGUUAAGGGCAUGCGCUCGCAAAAGCCAAGCAACGAUGAUUUUUGA